UAUAUUCGUGUUUACAUUUUUUUUUUCAAGAGUGCCAUUCCUUUCAUUACAAUUUACUACACAACAAUCAUUCUACUAAAUAGUUGCUUGAUACUUAUUGAUUCAUACAAUGCUUAGAUUACAAAAAACUAGGGUGCGGACAACUUGGUCAAUAAAUGGGAGGUUUUAAAGAGUGGAAUGAGUUAUUUAUUGGAGUUUAUGUGAAUUAUAACCUUUCUCUGGUCAAAGAAUCGACUUAAUUCAAUAAAUAUAAGUGGAUUAAAUGCUAGAGAAAUCCAUUUAAUAGUAAUAAGUGGGAAAAUUAUUGUUAUAUUGAGGUUUUGUUAGUGUACAUUUGUAGAAUAGUGAAAAGAAUGCAGUACAAAAACUGUCACAGAUGAAACAAUAAUGGAGUUAAAAGUUUGGGUAGAAGGGAUACAACGUAUUGUUUGUGGUGUCACUGAAACGACAACCUGUCAAGAUGUUGUGUAUGCACUUGCUCAUGCUACUGCACAAUCUGGAAGAUUUACUCUUGUUGAACGCUGGCGUAACAAUGAACGUUUUUUAGCACCAUUUGAAAAUCCUCUCACGGUUCUGAUGAAAUGGGGAGAAUACGCAUCAGAUGUGCAAUUGAUUUUAAGACGCUCAAAUUCGGAUGGAAAUAAACCACAACAAGGACCACUAAAUGCACGAUCAGCUUACGGAAUACGCCCAAAUGGAGUACAAGGCCCAGCUCUUGAUCCACUUAUAAACAAUAGAAGUCAAGAGGGUACCCACAAUAACGGAAACUCUGCGGCUGAAAGUCAUGAAUCACCGGAAGUACUCAAGAGGAAUCGAGAUAUUCGGAAGUCUCUCACAUUUAGUGGGCUUCAUGGAACAACAUCAGAUAAUAACAGUGAAGUACAAAUGGAAAAUAUUGCCGUAGUACAACCAACAUUACAAACUAAAGUAAAAGACGUACAUUCACGGAAAGCUGCUUUUAGAACAAAUGAAUCACCCACCAGAGUAUCAAGUAGUGAAGGUUUUAGAAAUUUAACACACAAACAAUAUCGAGAAAGUCCACCUUAUCGUGAUCCACCAGGUCCAGAUUCUUCACCUAUACGAACAUUGCCGCCUUAUCGUGAUCCACCUCCACCAAUUGUAACAAACUCUGCCAAGUUACAAGCACUAGAAAAUCAGACUAGUGAAGGUUUGGGUAUUUCCAAAGAUGAGCAAUCUUCGGCUACCAAUAUGAUGAAAAUAAAACGUAGUCAGGAGAUGCAAGAUACAAAGGGAUUGAUGCAAUCCAAUAGACCGCAACUUAGUCAACCACAGAAUAUGGUAGCUGUGGCUUACACUCAACGAUAUGCUGAACUUAUCAGACUAGUCAAUAAGCAACGCGAUACUAUUAAUGCACAUCAAGUUGAUCUCACAAAGUUAGAUGCUGAAAUAAUGUAUUGGGAGAAUAAAAAUAGGGAGCACUUUAAUCAAAUGGAUUUUAUUUCGCAAGAAAUAAAUCGUAUUGAAUCAACUGGACGUCUUAUUGAAGAACAGUUGAAUGAAUUGAUUAAUACAGAAGAUGAAAGUGAAAUUGUAAGGCAACAAGAAAAAACUUUAAAAUCUGAAAUUACUUUACUUCGAUCGAAACUUGCCAACUGCGAAACGGAAUUAUUGCAAUGUAAAAAUAAAAUAAGGUUAUUGAUGGAAGAAAUUAGUAUGGAACAACAUAGUAUAACUCGAGAAUCUGAAGAACGUUUGCUCAUGGAACGAAAAGUAAUGAAUGAAGUAGAACGAUUACAAACUGAAUUAGAUCAAGCAAAACGUUCAUCAGAUCACUCAAAUCAGUCAGCUGAUUUGCUAAAGCAAGAAGUUACAAAUAUAGAAUCUGCUAUCAUUGAAAAAAAGUUGCAAUUAGAAAGAUUAGUCAAUGAAAUGAAAGAAGCUAACUUACAAAGUUUAACUGUUGGAUGUCAAGAAGAACAAAUUAAAAAUUUGUUAGAAGGUGUUCAAAAACCCGGUAGUACUCGUAAAAUAAUAGGAUCCCCUAGGCAACUGGAGAAUGCAGUUCCAACUAGUAAAAACCCACAUGGUGUAUGGGUUUAAAAAAAAUUAUAAAUAAUUUUUUAAUUCAAUAGAAAAAGAAGUAAUUGAACGUAGUAAAUGUGCACAUUGUUGAAAAUGUGAAUUUAAAAUGAAAUUUGUAUGUAUAUUUGUUUAUUUAUAAAUUUAUUAUCGUUAAUUAAUUAUUUGAAUUACUCAUAUGUAUGAGAUUCUUUGUAUGCAAAUUUAUGUUAAGAAUCUUCUUUUCGCUUAUUUUUUUAAUUAACACAUUUGUACUGCUCACAGAUUUUUAUAUAUAUACUAAAAUUUACCUUACAAUUGAAUUGACUUUUCUAGAAUAAAGAAUAGAGAUUGUGAUACUAUAACGACAAAAAAUAGAAAUAUGAAAAAACUAUUGUACAUAAAAUACUCUAUUUUUUAGAAUUAUUUGUAUAAUAAUCGUGAGCUUUUUUAUUUUACUACCAUAGUCGAAUUUGGAUCAUUCGUCUCCAUAAAAUAAAUCGUUUUAAUUUGAUAUGAUUUACAAAGUAGAAAAAAAAACUAGGCCUAGCUGUACAGAUGUGAUGAUCAAAAUCGGAUGAAAGAAUUAGAAAUGGAGAUCCCUGUCAUCAACAAUAUCUAAAUUAUUUUGAUGAUGCUUUGCUGAUUUAUCAUUAAUGGAAUCAUGCGUGGAAAAAUCGACACUACUUUUUUGAGUAUCAAAACUUGAUUAACUUUCUAUGCCGAAGGAUUUUAUAUUCCAAUUAAUGUAGAAAUUUAUCGUGAAUUCGUCGAUAAUAAUCGU